GUGAUUCAUUCCAGGCUUGGGAGUAAAUAUAGCCUUCCCAAAGCCAUCUUGACUUGAAGGGACAAAUUGUGCUGCCAGGGCGUCUACUGAGAUUAAAGGAGUUCAUUUGGCAGUAGAGCCAAGCUCUGGUACUCCAGUGCCACUGGCAGUCUUCGACCCGGACCGUAUCUGCUUCUUCUUUUUUUUUUUUUUGGCCUCAAGUAUAGAUUCCACGUAGCUGGUCUACACUCGUGUCUACGAUUGCCAACGAUUUCAAGAGGAAAAGCUUUCAAACGAUCAGACUUAUAAUUACCCGAAAUUUAGAUGUCUGACUCAUUUGCAGACCUCUGGAGCUCAUCUGCCCCAUCCAAUGCCACAUCUCCUCAGAUACUUGGGGCUGCCAAACCACGACCACCUAUUCCUAAACGACCACAGGACGCAUUCUCUAUUCUUUCUGCUUCGCAACCAACUUCACGCACAUAUUCUCCGCACGGUACUGGUCCUACCGCUCAGCCACGAAACCCAGUACCAGCAGGUGGUUCGAGAAAUGGAGAUGCCUUUAGUAGUCUUUUCUCUGGCUCGUUAGCAGAUGGAAGGAACGAUGUAACUGCAAAUAUGACAAUCGCUGAGCGCGCAGCAGCGGCUCAGAAAACAAAGUUACAGCGAGCCCAAGCAUCCCCCACAAUCACUGCGCCUUUGCCACCGUCUGCCUGGGAUGGUCUUGAUUCUCUCGUACAACCAUCGACAACUUCACGUCCUUCACCCUCUCGUUCUCCACAGGACGACCUUGGUUUCUCCGCGUUUGCCUCUUCUUCAACUACCGCCGCGAUCAAAUUACCAGUGGGAGAUGAUGAUUGGGGUAUAUCUGACUUCACUGCUCCUCAACCACAAUCUACCUCUCAAAAGAAUCCUAAAGAAACGCUCUGGGACAUUGAAGAUUUUGAUUCUUCUUCCCCUUCAGACCCUCAACUUCCUUCCCGCUCACGAACACCUGGUGACUUUGACUUCGGCGAUCGCGAGGAUGGCCUUUUGGAGAUCCACUCCGAUGAUGCUCAUGAUGAUAUCCUGGGUGACCUGGCACGACCAGUCGAUGUAGUCAAACCGUCUUCACGUAACCAAUCCACUAACGCUACACCAUCUCCUCAAGCUCCCAAAUCUCAGCGCCUUGCAUCAAGGCCAGUCUCACCACCUCCACACAUUGUCGGACAAAUUGUGGAAAUGGGAUUCUCUCCUCAACAGGCGCGUAUAGUGCUUGCAGCUACAGAUACUGGUCUCGAUGUACAGGCCGCUUUAGACACUCUGCUUGCAAACGGUGCCGGAAAUACCUCUACCCCACCUCCGUCGCAUGAUCGCGACUACGAAGCUCGUCCGCCCCCACGACGCCCACCAAAUCAGCGUGUUAACUCAAACCGAGACAGAGACAGAGAAGCACCGCGUGGCACCGAACCAGAAACGCAUCAGUCUCCAGAUAUCAACGUGCAAGCGGAGAAGAUUCUGGCACAAGCCAGCGAAAUCGGUAUAAGCGUUUUCAAUCGUGCAAACGCUUUCUGGAAGGAAAGCAAGGAGAAAGCACAGCGGAUAUACGAGGAGCGUGCGAAUGCAGCUCGGACUGGGACAGGGACCCAGCGAGGAGAUGGAAGGCCACGUUGGAUAUCUGAAGAAGGACCGGAUAGAGCUGAGACGGGGCACCGUGACAGGAGAGUGACAGGUGGGUUCAAGGAUGACGAUGAGGAUCCCUCUCCGACUGUGAGACGACCAGAGGGACAGAAGAUACAGCCUUCCUUGCAGCCUGUCGAGCCACCAUCGCAGUCUCGGCCCAAAGAAGUAGAUCUUUUCUCGUCUGAGGCUCCCGUUUAUCAGUCUCCAUUCCGACGCAGUCGCCCAACACCGCAGCCUCAGCCUCCCGCAGCUCCUUCCCGACCUGCUCCCAUUCCCUCGCCUCCGAAACCACAGCGCAUACUAGUCCCCGCAUCGUCCUCAGCCCUCUCGACGUCCGCUUCCCACAAAGCUACGGGCACGUCCGCAUACAAACUCGGGCAAUAUGCAAAUGCAGAAUCUGCAUACUCUCUUGCCAUCGCUGCAUUGCCAGCCUCGCACAUCCUCCUCGUUCCACUGCAUAACAACCGUGCGCUCGCAAGGCUCAAGACUGGUGACUCACGUGGCGCAAUAGAGGAUUGUGUGAGCGUGAUCGAGAUAGUUGGUGAUGAUAGAGGGGUCAUCGAGGGGGUAGAUCUGGGGGAUGCCCUCGUGAAGGCUUGGCGAAGGCGUGCAGAAGCCUGUGAGGGGAGAGAGAAAUGGGAGGAUGCAAGGAAAGAUUGGGAGUCAGUUGCUGGUGCGGCAUGGACGCCUUCAAAUAUACGUGCAGAAGGAGUGCGUGGAGCUGGGCGGUGCAGGCGGAUGCUCAAUUCCAAUGCUGAGGGAGCUACCCCUGCAUCAAAACCCAAGCCUAAGCCCAAGGCACCCUCGAUCAAGCCUGUGACUACUCCCGCCAACUCAGAGGCGCUUAAGGCUUUGCGGGCUGCGACUAGUGCAGCUGAGGCCGAAGAUAAUCAGCGGCAUGAACUCAAGGAUUCCGUGGACGCUCGGUUAACAGCAUGGAAAGGCGGAAAAGAAGCCAACAUCCGCGCACUGAUCGCUAGCCUCGACUCUGUUUUGUGGCCAGAGCUAAGAUGGCAGAAAGUGGGCAUGCAUGAGCUUGUGUCGAAUGCUCAAGUAAAGUCUCGUUAUACGCGUGCUAUUGCGCGAGUGCAUCCGGAUAAGCUGAACGCACAAAAUACGACCCUUGAACAGAGGAUGAUUGCCAACGGGGUGUUUGGUGCUUUGAAUGAGGCGUGGAAUGCUUUUCAACAGUGAUACCUCUUCAGUACAAAGAUUCGUCCUGUAGUAAUGGAAGGUAACGUGGGCCUGUAUCUCACUUGCCUUGAGCUUGGUUAUAAUACGGAUGCCGAUUUUUAUACUCCAGUGUGUGUGUACCUAGCGUUUCCGUCAGUUCUCUGUGUUCGUUGGUCUGACCUCUCCACUGAGCCCAUCGUGUCGACAAAGAUCAUCACGUCUUUGCUCCUUGG